UUCCUCCCUUUCCCACACAGAAACAAUCUCUCCCUCUCUCCAGCAUGUUUCCCAAAGCUGCACAUGGUUACUGUCCAAGGUAUUACUUUCCUCUGGUUCUAUAGCAGUGAAGCAGCAUGUUAUAGAGGGGUCUUCCUGAUACACCAGCUGUUCCCACAGGGGUCCUCAACAGUGGAUUAGUCUGCAGAUUUGGUGACUUAUUUUGUGUAAACAAACCAGUAUGCUCUGGAUUCUGUUGAGACAGUGAAAUACAUCCUGAACAGGUGAAAUACAUUGUCACAAGUCUCCUCAAUCAUCUUUACCAAACUGACCUGGGGUGACUUUACAGAAUCAACAUGAAAGAUAGCUAUAGUGGCUACGAGAACCAGCUUUUUAAUGAGGAGGACUUGACUGGAGAAGAAGAGGAAAUUCCUCCCUUGAGAGGAAGAGCAAGAGGGGGAUGUAUGAAAUGUCAGCAGACACAUUCUCUUCAGCUAGCUGUCAAAAUGCUCUAUGGCUUUUUAGCUUUGCUCAUCAUUGCAGUGGCCGUCUUGGCAUCCCUUAUUUUCAGGAGAGUUGACAACUUAUCUGAAGAAGAAAUAUUUUACCACAAACGGAUUUCCAAGGUCCAGGAGAGCAUAAAAGAUAUCAGCACUGUAAACAACUAUUCCAACUGCUUAGAUGUUGCACAAUACCAAGAGGAGAUUGCCAGACUGAAGAAAGAGUACGAGGAGAUCCAGAAGAUGGUACUCAAUCAAAAGCAGCAGUUGGACCAGGCGACUCAAUCCCAGCAAAGUCUUAAGCAAUCCAGCAACAGAUUUUCUAGAGACCUCCAGUCCUUUGGAAUUACAAUCAAGCAGAUAAACCAAUCUCUGGUCCAGUACUUGGAUCAGGUAACUGGCUGGCAGGUUGUCAUCAAUGAAACGGAUCAGGGGAUGAAAACACUUGUUGGGGAUCAGUAUGAUUUGAAGGCCACAAUGCAACAAGUCAACACUACUGUCGCCCUUAGUGCAUUAUGGAUAGGUGCUCUUCAGAGAAAGGCAGAAGAAGAGACCUUGGUGCUUCAAAAAAUAACAGCGGACUGGCAGAACUACAGCAGAGUUUUAAGUACCCUGAAGUCCAAUGCCAGCAUAACCACCCAGGCCAUGAGGGCUAUUCAAAACGGUGUUUCUGCCACUCACCAGCGUAUCAGCAUGAGUUCAGAAAUGGUGCAUGACCUCACUCUGCAAGUCAUGAACCUUCAGAUGCAACUAGACAAUGUCUCAUCUUACAUUGAUGAACACGAGGAGAACAUGAAUGACCACCAGUACCAUGCCAGGUACUACGAGAACCGGACUGGAGAACGAUUUGUGACACUGGAUGCAAGAAUGAAGUCCAUUGAAAUGGAGAUCGACACACUCUCUUCCAGCUUCAAAGCAACCGUCAGCCAUGUUCGAAGCAUGUACCAGUACAUCAACCAAGAGAGUUCCUCUUGCCAAUCCAGGCUGAACAGUCACACAGAAGAUUUGCAGAACCUAAACAACACAGUCUUGCUUCUCCUUCACCUAGCUGACACUCUGAGAUUGCAGUACAUGAUGCUAAAUGUACGCCUUGAUGCUGAUGUGAGGAACCUAUCAAUGGUGAUUGAGGAGCUGAAGCUGGUAGACACCAGUCAUGCAAAGCAGAUCCAGAACUUCACUAUUCUGAAAGGUGUGCCUGGUCCACCAGGUCCAAAGGGAAACAGGGGAGAAAUAGGAGCCAAAGGAUCUGUGGGUGUAACGGGACCGAAAGGAGACAGGGGACUUGCAGGAAAUCGUGGAUCUCAGGGACUUAAGGGCGCUGUGGGAAUUAAGGGUGAUCAAGGUGUACAAGGACCUCCUGGGAUGAAAGGUGGGCAAGGAAUUAAAGGAGAAAAAGGGUCUUUAGGGCCACCAGGGCCUCGUGGUGAAAAAGGACAGAAGGGUGAUAUGGGGGCUCCUGGGAAGGAUGGAAUUCCUGGCCCCAAAGGACCGGCAGGUAUCCGAGGACAAGCUGGACUCCCAGGGAUACAUGGACCUCCUGGACCAGUAGGAGUACAAGGCCCUGUGGGACCACCGGGGCCACGUGGAAUACCUGGACCACCAGGGGAGCCUGCUCAGAGUUCAUGAGCAGAUUAAAAAUACCCCAAAUGGUGAUACACUGACUGCCUUUGUGGACAGAGUGAUGCUGAUGACAGUGGUAAACGUCGACUUGGAGAUCUCUCUCUAAACAAGACGAUGGUGUGGACUCUUUGGUGUCUUAGAGGCCCACAUGUACAUUCCCCAAACACAGAGGUUGCAACAACAAUACACUUUGUAUAGGCUUUCAACACUCUUUGGAUAGACCUCAAGCACAAUUCUAUACAGUAUAUUGAGCCAUUUCACAAAGGUUCUUGUUUUAACAAUGGUUACAGAGCCAGACUGCUAUGCAACCAUUAAUUGUACUACGUACCAAACUUUAAGCCCAAAGUAUGCUUCGUUUUUGUACGCGUAUGUGUACAAAAUGGGUAACGUUCAAAGUAUACUCCAUUUGAUAGUAUACACGAAUACAGGCACUCUACAAAGCUUUGUCCAGCAUUUGCUGUAUUUUUCUGCAUGUUAUGAUGGAUUAUGGACUAUGGACUAUGGAAGGGCGCCAUUUUUUCUGCGAUGUGAAAUGGUUGCACUCGGUGAGCUACCCUUUGUGAUUUUUACCACAACACUUGGAACGCUUGGAAAAUAAAAUGUUGAUACAGUGAUCACAGCUACUGAAAAAACGUAUAAGUGGCAAUGGAUAUAAGCGUAGGCUUAAAUCAAUGCCGUUCCAUUGAUUUUUCCCCACAAGGAGUCUAAACUCCCCAGGAUACUGAAUGAAAUCCACACUAAAGACACUUCUUCAGUCAAAGGCAUUAGGGCUAAAGUGGAGAGAACAAAUACAAAUAAGGGUCUUUAGGAAGCUUUAUUCAUCCACAGGCAUCUUCCCAUUCUUUUCGGCUCUUCUUAUUGCUAGGAAAGCAGUAAAAACUUAAGCUUCCCUUCGACUGAAAAUUACAGCCAAAAGCUGCACAAUGUGGCAUCGUAUCAGCAUUUUAUUUUCCGAGUUGCUGCAGUAAAAAUAGCGAUAGGUAGCGGCAGUAGCUCACCGAGUGCAACCAUUUUACAUAAUCGAAAUAACGGCACCCCACCAUAGUCUAAAAUAUGUAUAAAAUAAUGUGGAUUUUUUUUAAAUAAUGUAAAUCUUGCAUGGGUUUUCAUGCGGCCCUCUGUUGUUGAUGUUCCAUCGCUUAAGUUUCAUUUUCUGCUGUAAAACAAUGGGCCAAGCCAGUGUUGUCACCUUGUGGAACAGCUGAUUAGUGCAAAAUCAAUUCAAUGCGCAUGUUCGACCUGCACUUACAAAGAUUACAAAAGUUGGAUGUUGUGCAAAUUUGCGUCAUACACACUGUAUGCAGACCCUCGUGUAUGCGUAAAAACCGAAGUAAACUUUGGCCUUUAGACUCCAUCAUUAGUCAGCAUUAGCAUAUGAACACAGAUAAACACAGGACAAAUGAGUCUCUGCUUUAAUGCUUUUUUAAAGUGUAUUUAGUAGUACUGCAUUUGCAUCAUAAUCACAGAACAUUCAGAGCAGGUACUCUGAAAUAUGAUUUUUAUUAUAAGUUCAAGUAAACCACAUAUUUCCACUCGUCAGAGGUACCACAAGUACAAGUUUAUGAAACACUGUGUGAAAGGUUCAAAUGAACAGAUUUUACAGUUGCUGGCAUUGCAUGAAACUGCAAAACCAAGGCAAUGAUCAGUGUCAGCGGUACAGGCAAUUUUAUUCAUUGAUUGGCAAUGUGCAACAUUAAGUUUUAAUGUUCAUAUUGGUUUGGUUUCCCAAUUUGUAAAUAUAGAAUUUUACAGGUGUAAUUUUAAGUGUGGUUAAUGUGUUUUUGAGGAGGACUUCAUGAUGUUUUAGUAUACAGUUUAUUCUCUUUGCACAACAAUAAAGGGUUAUACGAAUGUAAAAAAAAAAAAAAAAAAAAAAAGGGGGACAUUUUUGUUUAGCAUUUUCAAGUUCACUAAGCAAGUACAGUAUUGUACUUGAUGAUCAUUUCAUGGUAAAAAAAAAAAAAUACUGUCUACCCAGCAAGCAUAAAAUGGUUUAUAACAUUUCACAGCACUGCAUUUUGGUUGUUGCUGUAACAUUUUAAAAAACAAACCAAAACAAAAUGUGCAGUUUACAGAUUUGAUUUAUCGAAUUACUGAAAUAUAGUGACAAGUGCUGAACUACAAUGUUGUUUUAUUCAACCAAAAUAAAUCAUUUUGGAAACAUAAAAUAUCUAACUGAUAGAUUUAUCUCCGAGUAAAUGCAAAAUGUCAAUAUAAUAUGUUUUUAUUAUGAAAGAAAAAUAAUUCCAAAGUGCGUCAUAAUUAAAACAACUCGCUGGCUGGGUAAAGAGACUUUUUUUCAUCAAAGUAUAAUAUUGGAUGGUAAAAAUCCUCUGUGAUAUCUGACUACUAACAAGCAUAAACAGUUUCCACAUGUGAUAAUAAAUCAUCAUCAUGGCUACAGUGAAAAGGUCAGCUCUAUUUAAUGGAUCAUUAUAUGGCUCAUUUCAGCAAAGAGAACACAAUCAAAAUCAAGCGCAGAGCUGAAAUAAGAUCAACGUGAUCAAGAGUCAAUUUAGUGACAACUAAUUCUAGCAUGUCACAUUAGCAUGGUCUUUACAGUAUGUUUCGUCUCUUCUCUUGAUGUACAGUUACAGUUGUUUUGUCAUAGCAUUAACUUUUCUUAUUGCAUCAUGGCUGUAAGUUCCCAUCAAGACACAAACCAUUAGCAUUAGAGUAGACAAUUGACAUUUUAAUGUGGUGUGAGAUCCUUGUGAUGUAAUUCCUCAAUCUGUUUAUUCUUAAAUUCAGUUCUUUCUAAAGUUUGUUAUUGUGCAAACUGAUAUUCAGCCUUCAUCUCCAGCUUGCUGUUUAUGAUAUAAUCCCCUUUUUUGAUCUAGAAAAUGUGGGCACCAAACAAUUUUUCAUAGGAAAUUGAUUCCUUGUGGGAAUGACAACUUCAUAGUUACUGUGUCGAUAAACUGUGUCGGGUUUAAUCGAUAAACCCCAACAGCCAAGCUUCUAGCAUUUUAAUGAGUUCCAGUGGAACUGGAUUUCGGUUGCCUAUUUGUUGUUAUGUGACUACCUUGGCAAGUAUUAAGGGGAAAGAGCCUAUAAGAGAAAUAAAUAUUCUAAUAAGAUUUGUCUCCACAACAAUAGGACCCUGCUAUGAAGUCAAUAUGAUGACAUACUUUAGGGAUUUUGCAAAGACACAUUGUCAUGCAGUUUGUAUAUAGCAACACUAGCAGAAAUUUGCAUUCUUUGUGCUCAGUCAAAAAGUCAAUAUUUGAUGUUUAGAUAGUAAAAUUUGUAUUUGGAAUCUAAAGGAGACCUAUUAUGCCCCUUUUUACAUGAUGUAAUAUUAGUCUCAAGUGUCCCAAGAACGUCUGUGAAGUUUCAACUCAAAAUCCCCCACAUUAUAUAAUUUUGGAGUGGAAGCAGAAAAAUGCUUUUUUUUAGUGCAUGUUUCUUUAAAUGCAAAUUAGCUGCUUCUCCCCGCCCCCUUUUCCAGAACAGGGCUGUGCCUUUGCAACUUUUAUUUCAGAUACUCUGCCAUAAAACAUCUGUUUGGUUUUCCUUAUUAUGUCUGUUGCGCUGAAAUCGUGUGUUAUAAAGCCAUAUUAGUUUAAACUUCUGAUACAGGGUUUUCUGAGCGCACACAUCGGACGCACACAUACAGAAAGCAGCUGUCCCAUGACAUGUGAGUAGUAAACUAAACCUUACUGAUGCUAAAUGUAUUGUGCCAUUAAGCUUUAUUUACAUAUAAUAGUAUAUCAGAUAUUUAAUAUUAGUAUGGUGAGAAAAACUAAAAAUGUUAUUCAUUUCAUUUAAAUUUUAUUAAUUUAACAUAUUUAAUAUUGGGGGAAUCCAAGUUAUUUCACAUAUUUGAACAUUUUUUUUAAGUAACACAAUAGUUACUUUCCCUGGUAAUUAGUUACUUUUAUAAUGAUGUAACUCAGUUACUAAGUAAGUUACUAUUUGCGACAAGUAACUAGUAACUAUAACUAAUUACUUUUUAAAAGUAACAUGCCCAACACUGAUGUGCACGUGCUUGCAUUCCCGCUAUCCCAUAUUUGCAUGUGUAAGAAUGGAAGAUAAUGAAAAACCAAGUAUAGUAUGACCACCCAGUACACUAGGAAAUAGCAUGCAGAUUGUGUUGAUCACGGCUGUCACAUGACAUGUGAGUAGUAAACUAAACUUCUCUUUCGUGUCUUAUUGCGCUUAAACUGUCAAAUACACAAGUUUAUGUUCAAAAAACAACAUGAGUUACAAAAAGAGUCCGUUAUCUCUGUGAAGGUAAACAGCUGGGAAAGAAAUUGCAUGUUUAUAUUAGAUCUGUGUGGCAGCAAUGUAAUAUACAGUAAGUAAAUCAAUAAAUACACUGCUCUCUUGUCUGCUCUGAGGCUGAAACUCUAAAUAGUUUUCUGCGCUCGUCAUUGCAGCCAAAGACAAAACAGUUAGCAUGCUUUGCUUGAACUUUUGCCAUGCCAUCAGAACUGGUACACAGUUGUCGCUUGCAAAAACACAAUGGUGGCACGAUGGGUGGAAAUGUGCAGAUUAAGGGCCGGUAAUAUUAUAAUAAGAUCCAUUUUCUAUGUCACUGGGGGAGAGAAAUCUGAGCAGCACAUUUUUUUUUUCACAA